UGUGUGUUUUACUACGUUAGGAAAGAUGCGUCGUUUGUGAUUUAAUAACAGUUCGCUAUAAUAAUUGAUCCCAGAAGUUUGAAUCUGUGAAUUCAUCUUUCCACCUUUACCGAAGUAUCUUUAUUAAUAUGUGGCUCGUGUUGAUAAAGACACUUCAGGGCGUUUCCUGUUUAAAGUUUCCUUUCACUUUCACACAGCUUGUGUCGCAGUUAGUUUCCUCCGUCUGGAGCUCCAGCCAGAGAAUGUGGAAUAAGAGGAGAAGCGGCUCUCUGUAGACAGGCUCUGCUCCAGCUGAAGUGUGAUUUAAAGUCAGCUUCUUCAUCUCUCUGAAGAGGAGAUCUCAACACUUCAGGAGGACCAGGAGACAUGGAGAUGGCUUCAAGACCUAGAAGAAGACGGAGCAGAGACUUCCCUCCUGAUUUCUCUGAAUUAAUGAACACACUUAAAAAUCAUGCAGCUUCAUUCAUCAGAGAGUUUGGCAGCAGAGAACAGAAGAUGAGAGAGAUAGUUAGAGAGUUUAGGGAGAUCUCUGAUGGAGUCAGAAAGAUGCAGGAGAUAACAGAUAGAGUCAGAACAGUAGGAGCUGUUACUGGAGGAGUAGGAAUAGGACUCUCGGUCCUUGCAGCUCUGUUCACUGGGGGGGUUAGUUUAGCAGUUGUACUGUUAGUAGCAGCAGCAGGAGGAGCUGUUACUGGAGCAGGAGGAAUAGGACUCUCGUUCCUUGCAGCUAUGUUUACUGGGGGGGUUAGUUUAGCAGUAGUACCGUUAGCAGCAGUAGCAGGAGGAGCUGCAGCAGCAGGAAAAGGUGUGGUUUUUGCUGUAAAUGUAACAAAAAGAAUGAAAGAGACUGGAAGUGCAAAGAAAGUAGAAGAACUGGGGAAAGAGUUCAUGGAGAUCGUUGAACCGCUGAAGAAGGACCUGGAAGAAAUAAAGAGGACGUGCGAGAAGUUGGAGGAAAGAUCAGCUGGAGAUCAGGCUGGAAUCACUCUGAGAGACAUGGAGGGGUUACAGAGGAUUCUGACACGAGUUUCUGAACUGGCAGAAAGGAGUGAAGAAGUUGUGUUUGUCACUGCAACACUGAUGGGAAUUAUUCGGUGCUUGAUAUUGCUCCUUGUGACAAUCUUCAGAGUCACAGCGACCCCUGAAGAGGAUAAAAAGUUAAGAAACUCCAUCAUCCAGUCAGCUGUUCGCUGUCAGGAGGUCGUUGUCAAGUUUGAUCAGAUGAAGAAAGAACUCAAAGACUUGACUACCUGUUAGUGUUUGAUCAUUAUCUAACAUACUGGACUCAUAGUAACUGAAUCAGAUGAUCAAUACUACUUUAUCAUAUUUCAUAUGUUGGUCUGUUGAACACUGAGACUGAAUUAUUGUAUUUUUGGU